GAUGAGGGACGUAGCUUGCUUUUAUUUUGAUAGGGCGCUUCCGACGCUGGCGACCAUUUCAUCCUUUCCCACAAUGCUUUGUGUCCACGUCCGCUUCUUCCUGUUUAUUGUGAGCGUCUCCGCCGGCAAGCACCAGCUCGGAAUUUGACGUUUUCCUGCUCGCCGCCGCUGCUGCAGAGACCGGUGUCGCCCGGGCGGCCGCCCGACCAUGGAGGACUCGGAGGCGCAGCUGACGGUUUCUGAAGCGGACGCGCUGGGCGCCGACUUCAUAACGGUGGAGCUGGACACCCAGCCCAUCGAGUACGUGGUCAAGUGGGCUGAGGCGGGCUCCAAGUUCACCAUCUCUUGCGUCAAGAAGGAGUCUGAUGACAGUGCCGAGCUAUGCGGCGAGCAGCUCAAGAUUGACGCGGACGAGGCCUUCUUCGCGCCGUACGAGGAAGUCUACCCCUGCGAGGUCACCGAGCAGAGCGUGGAGAUCAAGAUGGAGUCGGACGAAGACGAGGAAGACGAGGAGGAGCGGCACCGCCAGAUCACGGUAGAGGUGGGCCGGCCAGACGGCGAGGUCGACUCUGACCCGGAGCCCGACGAGCGGCGGUACCGCUGCGGCUUCUGCGGCAAGUGUUACAGCCACGCCUCGAGCCUCUACCGCCACCAGCAGACGCACUCCGCCAAGAUGGCCGUGGUGCCCGCCAAGCGCGCACUGGAGCCCGCGCACCAGGACGCACGCUACGCCUGCCAACACUGCGGCAUGACCUUCAAGGGCAGCAGGAUGUUGGGCAGUCACCUGCGUCUGCAUGGCAAGAGGCGCAUCCACCCGUGCAACAUCUGCGGCAAAGAGUUCAACCACAGCUCCAGCCUGUCGCGCCACCGCCUCAUUCACAAGAAGGCCAAGGAGGGUGGUGUGGUGCCGAUGUUGCCGCCGCACGCCAUCCGGCGCCCGCCGCUCAAGGGCAAGAAGGCCAAGCGGCGGAGGCGGCCGGCGGGCCUGACUCCUGGUAGCGACAAGUUCUACGCCUGCCCGCAGUGCGACAUGAGCUUUCGCACGUCCACGCAGCUCUCAAAGCAUCAGGUGACGCACGUGAAGGAGCUCCUGGACAGCUACGCGCAACCGGGCAAGGAGAACGUGGCGGAGAGCUCGUCCGACCUGAAGAUCCGCCUCAAGCUGUGCUCCCGCGACAAGCCCAACUUUUACACGUUGUGCAAGAAGAACCGGCGCCGUCGCGCCAGGCUGGCGGGCCAUGAGGAAGAGGAGGAAGAUGAUGAUGAUGACGACGACGAUGAUGACGAUGAGGAGGAAGAAGACGACGAUGGGGAGGUUGACGGGGAGGACCCGGCAGGGUCGGUCCCCGCCGCUGGCGCUCAUGGAUGCGGCCUGUGCGGAAAGCGCUUCAGCCACGCCUCCGGUCUGGCGCGCCACCAGCUGAGCCACCGGGUGGCGCCGGUGGCUGACGGCAAGCGCUCCAAGAGCAAAGCCAAGAGCAAGACCUUCACCUGCACCGCCUGCGACAAGACCUUCAUGCACUCGUCCAGUUUCUCUCGCCACAAGAAGGCGCACCUGCUGCAGGCCGCCAAGAGGGCCGUCCUGGACGAGACGGCGCCCAUCGAGUCCGAUUCCGACUGACCCCACCCCUACCCAACAAAAAGGCCACCUUUGCUCCGGCGUCCGUCCUGUUCCGUCCCGUCUCCUCCCGUUUCUUGAGUCAGUGUCGUGGUAUGCAUGAAGCCGAUUGGACGGCGCACACACGGACGGACGGUCAAAGGGACGGACGGAUGCGGCUUCCCUUCCUUCCUUCCCUCCCUCACCCAGUUUGGAACAAUUCUGUCAAGUUCGCAGAUAGGAACGUUAUUUAAAUGUCAGAAGAAGGAGGAAACCACGGACGGAGGGCCCGACGAAGUAAGGAAAAAACAGGACUACCGGUCGUCACAUUACGACUUUUUUCUCGUCAUAUGACAACUUGAAUCUGGUCAUGUUACGACUCCACGUUUCGCCCUCCAAAAAAGUAAUAUCACAAGAUUACAGAUUUUUUCUGGCGAUAUGACAUUUUUCUCUGGCGUAACCGUUUUUUUUCCUCAUCUUACAACUUGAAUCUCGUCAUAUGACCGCCAGAGAAAAAUGACGAAAUUCGUCAUUUACAACUUUCGUCCAUGUUUUUCUCGUUACGUGACAUUUAUCUUGUCAUAUGACGGCGACCGAAAACUUGUAUGUUGUCAUGUUACGAGAUUAAAAUUGUAAAUUGUGAUUUUUUUUUCUUUCAUAUUACAAAUUUAAUCUUGUUUAAAAAAAAAAAAAAAAAAAAAAAGCAGUUCUAUUACGAGACAGAUCUCAAUUUUUUUUUUUUUUUUUUUUUUUUUUUUUUUUAUUGAUUCGAUGACUUUUGUCGUCAUAUGACAAGAUUGGUCUCGUAAAUGACCUUUUUUUUUUCAUCUCAAUUGACAACUUGAAUCUCAUAAUUUUAGGGAAAAAGUCAAAUGUUGUAAUGUUACAAGAUUAAAGAUGUCACGUUAUGAGAUUAAAAUGCUAUUCUACGAGAUGAUGUGUUUACAUGAAAUAAGUCUUAAUGUGACAAAAAAUGUCUUGUUAAAGUUGUAAUAAUACAUCAUUUGACAUAGCAUUCAGAGAAAUAAAAGUCACAUAAUAUUAAAAAUUCGUUAUCAUACGUAUCAUUAUUUAUUGAUGAAAUUUGGCUAAAUUGAACUCCUGAUAUUACGACUUUUGGUAAUGUUACAAAUUAAAUCUGGUAAUAUUAAGACUUUAAACUGGUCAUAUUUCUGCUAAUAUAAGGACUUGAAUACGGUAGUGGUAUUGUUUUUUUUGUUUUUUUUUUCUCUGGCCUGUUGUUGCCGUCGGAAGAUUAAAUGGUUCCGGUUGGGGGAAAAAAAAAAAAUAAUAAGCUUGUCGUUGACCUUUAGCUUCCUGGUUGUAUUGCAUCUGUGUCGUGUUUGCUAAUUAGCACAAAGCCUUGACGUGUUGAUUUUGUAAUAAAGCUGACGCAAGGACUGAC